UUUUCAGUAAGAUUUCGAAGGUGAUUGCUCCUCGAUGUAAAAUUCCAAAAACAAAUUUAUGUAACGCUUCUUGUUUUGUGUUAUUUUCAUCUCAAAGGGGAGGUUGGUAUUCGUUAUAAACAGAAGUCGGUUCGUCGAUUCUAGUUUUGGACCCUGUGCGAUCAGUAGUAUAACAGGAUUGGGAAUGGUUUGGAUAACGCCAUGCUUUCUCCUUGCUCAUAUUUUUGUGGGGAAUUGUGCUCCACUGGCUCAAGAGCCAUCAAAAGACAUGGAAACAUUCAUGAAACGGUACGGGUAUAUCGUCUCGGGGGAAGGACUAGCAGAUGCACUGCAUACCGUCGAAGGCUUCAAGGCAGCUGUCCAGAAGAUGCAGUUAUUCGGUGGCCUACCUCAAACCGGCGAACUGGAUGAGGCGACGCUGAAUUUGACCAAAGCGCCAAGGUGCGGAGUUCCCGAUGUACUGAAAACACAAAGGUCGAAGAGAUAUAUCAUUGGAUCUCAAGGAUGGCGGAAAAAGAAAUUGACGUACUUCCUCGCCAACUGGCCUAUGGAACUAGAUCCAGAGCAGACUCGUGUCAAACUCGCCAAAGCUCUGAACCUCUGGUCUGAAAUCACUCCUCUGAGAUUUGUGCCACGUGAGAGUAUGGAAGCAGAUCUGAUCAUAGCUUUCGGCAGAGGACCCCACGGGGACGGCUACCCCUUCGACGGGCAAGGGGGUAUCUUGGCUCACGCGUUCUUCCCUUACGAACACGGCCCCUUUGGAGGAGACAUACACUUCGACGACGACGAGAACUGGAUUGAUGGAACGAAGGACAAGGAAGUUAUUGAUGGCGUCGACUUCUUCACCGUAGCAGCUCAUGAAAUAGGACAUAGUCUGGGUCUGGCCCAUUCGACAGUGCCUGGAUCGAUUAUGUUUCCGUAUUAUAAAGGUUACGAUGCUUACAUGAGACUGGAUUAUGAUGAUAUUGUCGCCAUGUAUUCCAUGUACGUGCUAAACCCUGAAUUUGAAGAAGAAGCAUUCGAUAGCGUUGGUGGUACAGAGCCAGAAACUCCCAAUACCGAGGAACCUGAGCUUCCAAAAAAUGAGGACCAUGAAACUGGAAGUUCACAUACUGAUGAAGUCAGCAAUCCAAAUGAUGAUGAAGACUCCUACAAUCCUUCCGAGGAUGACGCCAUAGAGGAAGACAACUUCACUGACGGGGAUAACGACGAGGAAAGUAUGGAAGUCGAUUCUGGAACUGGAUUGGACGAAACUUCGGAUGAUGAAGAGGAAACGGAUUCUUACGACGAUGAAACGAAUACUGAUGAAGGUCAAGAAACAACUAAAUCCGACGAUGUGACACCCCUAACCACCACAGAAAAUCCAACUCCUUCUCCAAGCCCACCUCAUUUAUGUGAUGGUCGCAUUGAUGCUGCUUCUUUAGUUCGAGGAGAACUUUUUGUAUUCAAAGGAAUGUAUACAUGGCGUCUUCGUGACCGAGGAGAAAUCAUGCCAGGCUAUCCUGUCUACUUUCACUCCUUCUUCAGAGGAUUGCCAUGGUCGGUUCGAAGCAUCGAUGCCGUCUACCAAAGACCUAAUGAUUACAACAUCAUCUUCUUCACAGGUCGUUUCUAUUGGAUCUUUGACGGUAAUCAGUUUACUCCGGACAGUCCAAGGCCUUUGACGGAUUUCGGAUUACCCCACGAUUUAAAGAGACUGGAUGCUGCUCUGGUGUGGGCCAAAAAUGGCAAAACUUAUUUCUUCAGUGGGGAACAGUACUGGCGGUAUAAUGAAACGGAGGGAAAGAUGGAAGACGGAUACCCAAAAAGAAUCAGCAGAUGGAGAGGCAUUCCAAGUGUGGAUGCUGCUUUUACCUGGACAGAUGGAAAGACGUAUUUUUUUAAAGACAAGCAGUUCUGGAGAUUCAACAACAAAAAUGUGAGCGUUGAUCCGAAUUUUCCACUCCCCACAGCACCAUACUGGUUCGGAUGUGAGAGCUAAAACAGAAUGAAUGUCGUGAGGAAUCUGCAUCGUGAAAUUCAUACAGAAGUUUCCAUAAUGUGGUGAAAUGCAACCACAUGCAUGAGUACUAUCGAUUCAAAGAACGGAAUAGGGAUUGGACAAUGCUGAGUUUCAGCCGUGAGCGUCAAGAAGCAAUCACACCAUAUCCUUCUUCAUAAACUUUCUAUGAACUAAAGUUCAUAAAUCUUCGUGGAUAUUGUUAAUAGAUUCCAUAAAGAAUAUUUCCAGAAUCUACGCGUAAGCGCGUUUGACUACAAGUAACCUUUCAGCAAAACCUUCAGGAAUUCACAGACACUAUAGCUAACUUCUUUGAGAACCAACUACUUGUCAUCGACAACCAUGUUACAUUCUACGGAAAGGAAACGAAACAAGAAUC